AUGUCCCUUUAUGCUCGACAACUCAACAUCAAUGACCUAGAGCGGUCACUGGCCGUUGAAACUGCCGCGUUUCCUCCUGCCGAGGCCGCCACUCGCGAAAAGAUUGAGUAUCGCUUGACAGUCUGUCCUGAUAUAUGCAUUGGCCUCUUCCUUCACGCUGGCGCCAGCUUGCCAUCUCCCAUUCCUCAAGACAUCCCAUUCGUGGAGAAAUCGACAUCCAGUGACGACGUGCUCCUCGCACAUGUCAUCUCCACUAAAACGACCAACAAACCCGUGAGAGAUGAAGACAUGGACUACCCUCGCAACUGGAAACAAGUCCCCCAAGGUGACUACGCCGUGGGUCACAAGAAGAAUGGAAGAACGAUUGCUCUCCAUGCUCUUGCUGUCGCUCCCGAUUACCAGAGGGCCGGGCUAGGCAAGGCCAUUAUGCGCGCUUAUAUCGAAAGAACUAAAGCAUGCGAUGCCGGGGAUCGUAUAUCGAUCUUGACGUACGACCGUCUUGUCCCGUAUUAUCAGAAGCUUGGCUUUGAGCACUAUGGGAAGAGCGAGUCUGAAUAUGCUGGGGUAGCUUGGCACGAUCUUGUGAGUGACAUAAAAAAAAAGCCGAAAGACCAAUUCUAA